AUGGUGGCGCUGCCGGCGUUCAAGUUCGUCUUCCUGGCCAUCCGCCAGGUGACGCGUCCUGUCGCGAAGCAGAUUGUCUCACGUGCGAACACGAAGCGCGCCCUGACGUAUUGUGUGUGCAUGGGUCUGGGCCGCGUCUCGCUCGGUCUCUCCGGCGUCAUCGCAGAGUGGACACGGGCUGAGGAGCAGAAGCAAAGGGAGGCGAGGCUCAAGACGGCACAGGCUACGGGUGCGGGGGCAGUACAGAGCGCAGCGCAGGCGGCCAUGGAUGUGGUGGGCAAGACAUCGACAGCAAGCGGCAGCGAGCCGCCCAACACAGUAGGAUCAAGUAGCGGCACCGACACAGCAAUGAGCUCCGCGGCGAAGGCGCAGGCGGGCAAAGCCGUAGAGUCAAGCAUAGCCACAACGGCGAAGUCCGCUGCCACGCCGGCAACCGUCACACCUCGGUCGCGAUCGCUGCUGCAGAGCGUCGUCUACGGUCCGCAACCGAAGGGCGGGACGGUGGACACACGCGACAGCACCGUCUUUCUCGAUCUCUCGCGCACCGUCGGCGAGGUGGCCCGUGUCUUUAUCCGCAACCCGUCUCGCAGUGCUUGGGAUGUGUUCCGCCAAACGUUUCUCGCUCCUUUCCCGGAGGAUCGACUCGUUGCAGCGGGCGCUGACCUUCUCAUCGAGCUGGUGGCCUACACAGUGCUGUGCACAUUGCUCGUAGUGGAACUUUACCAGCAGUCCCGCACAUCGGCAGCAAAAGAGGCCCACUUGCAGGCCCGCCUGGAGGCAAUCGAAUCCAAGGUGAACGAGCUGGUGGAGUGCAGCAACAGGGCAGCCUCCUCGCCGCCGGUGCAGGAACUGCCUCCAGUGCGGGAACUGCGCGUGACAGGGCGGCGCAGUACCCUCUGGGGUGCUGUCACAGGCGGCGUCGGCUUUGUUGGUGAUUCCGUGAGCAGACACACCGACGGCCGCAGAAAGAGCAGCACCAGUAGCAGCCUCGCAACCGAAGAGCUUGAGCGACUGGCGCAGAGCGGCAAGGUUGUCGUUCCACAGCGCACGAACGGCUCCAACGUGGCGUAUGCCCCGCCGCGGGACCCCGCGGUGAAGGUGAGCAAGCACGAUGAGACGAUUUUCGUGCAAGAGGAGCUGGAUCAGGUCAUGGGCAAUGUCGUCCUGAUGGAGAAGCGGGCAUAG